ACAGUGCUUGUUUAUCAACAAACAAGGCGGAUUUUGUCCACAAUUGCUCCCAUUCGAAACGUUUGCACACCACGUGCAGUGACCCCGGGAAAGGAUACUAUUUUAAAUAAUAAAAGCACAUCAUGCUGAAACCAAUACUCCAUCAAAUCGGCACGAAACGGGUUGUGCUUGCCAGUGGAUCCCCACGACGGCAGGAACUGAUACAAAAUUUGGGGAUAUCCGACGUGCAGCUAUGCCCAUCGACGUUCGAGGAAAAUCUUGACCCGUCGCAGUACUCCUUCAGCGAUUAUGUAGCCAUGACGGCGCUCGGGAAAGUGCGGGAGGUAUACGAGCGUCUUUCGAAGGAUGAUGCAACGAAGCGGCCAGACGUUGUCAUCGGGGCAGAUACGAUGGUCACGAUGGAUGGACAGAUGUACGGCAAACCGAAAACACCGGAACAUGCCUUUGAAGUGCUGCAAAAACUCAUGGGGCGUACGCAUGUCGUGUACACCGGUGUGGUAAUAAAGUACCACGAGAAGGAGGUCAAGUUUACGGAGUCCUGCCAGGUACACUUCGGCAAGGCAACAGCUGCCCAGAUACAGGCGUACGUCGACACCGGGGAACCUCUCGACAAAGCCGGAGGAUAUGGCAUCCAAGGAUUGGGUGGCAACUUCGUGGAAAGGAUCGAAGGAGAUUAUUUUACCGUCGUUGGUCUACCGAUGUACCGGCUGUCCGUAGAGCUGUGUAAACUGUUUGACUAUUACGUAGAGUGAAUUAAAUCAAUAAAAACUUCCGAACUGGUUAUGAACUUAUAAAUCCCUUUUCCGAGGGGCGCAAAGCUAACGAGUCAUCAUGUGAAGCAGGGCAGGUAGCAAAAAUGAACGAAAUAGACCCCCUAUGAUCAUUGAUACAAAUCAUUCCAUAAAAUUACAAUAUCUAUUUCAGUAUAAUAUUGUUUUGUUGUUUUUUUUUUUUUGUUUUGCUUUACUUCUUCUGCAGCAAGUUUCUUUACCUUCUACCAUUCUACCAUUGGAUGAUCUGAUGCUGGUGGUGGUGUACUUUUUUUUUAUCAGCUAUAUUUGUUUGCCUUAUCUUUUGCUCACAGUUAAGUUUGUUUACGUUUGUUUUACGUUUCUUUCCUCUUCUCUUUUUUUAAGUUGACUAUAUCGUCGGUUUAGCUUUUUAGGUUUUCAUUUUUUUUUCUCGUUUUGUUUUCUUUAACAUUACUUUCCUGCUCUUCAACCGCGCUCGGUGCCGCCUGCGUUCAUUUUAAAUUUCGUAUUUCCCUCCCUUUCGAAGAUCGUCUUCCGCCGGGCACACAGAAAAAAAAGUAGUAGUAAAGCACUUUUCUCGAACUCUAAGAACUGGGGGCGUGCAACACACAUCGUCGUACACACGCGCACACACAUUUCCGGGUUCCCUUGUUUUUUUUUUACUGAUUUUUACUCGUGCUCUAGGGAGAUGAGAAGAGAUAUGGCCUUCAGCACAAUUACUAUGUUGAUUUGUUUUCCCCCUCGCUAUGCAAUCUUUAUGUGUGUGUGUGUGUACGUGGUAGUGUGCGGACGAUGCUCAUAAUGAUGAUUUACAUACCGUUAACAUAAAACCAUCGCGCGUCCGCCCGUUUUUACUACUGAUUACAGAAACAAACAAAAAAGUGACACGCACACACACACACCACAAACGGUUUACACCUUAUAUCGAAGUACCGCAGCAGUUAAAGUGAUCAUUAUUAGUCGACGCAUAUGGGCGCGUCCCUAUUCUUCCCCCUUUUUUCUUUUGCUUCAAUUUUUCCUUCACUUGUUCCAAUCCAAAACCUUCUGCUCCUUUUGGGAGAUUUCCCCACCCUCGAUCGGACUCGCUACAGUAGUGUGUGAACGUAGUACAGUGCCUCCAACAGAAAUCCGAACACUUUGAAAUCGAGACCAUUUGUUCAUCCCUUGCAUCAAUUAAAAAACUGGCUCAAAAAUCAGUUAUCAAGCGGCCACUAAUCGAAAUGGAAAAGUGGGCAGACAAUCCGAUUCUUCGAAAGCCAGCAAGAAAAUCCGGACAUUCGUCGGAAUCUAACAAGUUUUUGGAAUACAUUUGAUAUAUUUUUUAAUUAGUACUUCGGAUCAUUGUACCAAUCGCAACGCAACGGUUCUGUUAACAACUACACCGCUCUCGAUUUGAAUAAAGCGAAGGGCUUGUUUUUGAGUAACCACUUCUAAGACACUAUAUAAAACCAAUAAAGCAUCAAGAACUUAUCGGAAUCUUGUUUCAGAAAUAGAAAUCUUUUGAGGCAAACUAAUGUCUUAGGGAACUUCCCUGAUAACUGUUGGUAGUUCAAAACAAUAGUAGGAGAUCUUCUGUUCUCAAAGCAAGCAUCUUUACCAAUAAAUUAUAGCUCAAAAAGUCUGCUGCAAGAGGUCCGAAUUUCUGUCCAAUGCACUGUACAUUUCCCACUCACCCAGUGCCUCUGUCCUCUGUUAAUAGUAUGCGAGUUGCAUUUCUUGGUAUUUAUUCUUUUCUUCCUUGAAUUUGUUUUCUUUUUGCCUUUUUGUAUAUAAAAUAUGAAUACGAUCUUGUCACGGGCGGCCCCCCGUGCUGUUCCGUACACUACAGCCCUGCUCUCACUCGCCCGUGCCGAAACGCCUCAGGGGUGGAGAUUAUACAUUACUCUUUUAGAUGCUUUUCCCCACCCCAUUUACUUAGUGCUUGUGUAUAGGUUUUCGUGUGUCUGUGUGGAUGUUUUCCUUUGCUUUAGUACUAACUGCUAUUUGCUGUGUGUAGACUGGUAGUCAUAUCGGUCGUAUGAUCGAUUUUUUGCUUUCCUUCUUCGAUACAUCAUAGUAGAGGGGCUCUCUGUUGCCUCCGUUAUGAUGCCACUUGUUAGAAGGUUACGCUUCACCCCAUUUUGCUAUAGUAAUAGUAGGCAGAGUUAAGUAAACGUAAGUAUUUAAAUAAAACAUAUAAACACAUGACAUUCUGUACCGCGCUAUCGGAACUUUUGACGGAUAGCGCAGCCACUCACCCUUCGAUGAUUUUAAGUAUGAAAAUUACUAUCCUGUGUGUGUUUGUGUCAACGCGAACUCUUCAUUCGUAUCCACCACCUUUUUAGUAAAAGUCUGGAGUCCCCACCUCCUUUUGCCCUCUUUUUCGGUUCGGCUCUCGUUUUUGUAGUUAUCACAGAAAAAAGUGGGCCCACACAUCCAGGCGCUCACUCAUGGUAUUACAGUGGUAGGAGCAUAGCCAAACAAAAAACUAAUCGAGGACAUGCACAGCAAGUUGGGCAAGCAGUACAAAUACACGCUCAAAUAAAAAAAGAAGGAAAUAUUCCCACAAAUGAAAGAGUUGUGCGGGUUGUGCUUUGACUAGUGAUGAGAAUUAAUCACUCAGCAACGUGAAUCAGAGUGAAUGAGUUGGAAUAGUGAGUUGAAUCCUCGCCCUUAAAGAGUUAAAUCUCGAGGAAUAACUCAACUCUCCGUACCGCCUAACCACUCACUCACUGUGUUUAAUCUCAUUCACUCACUUCGCUUUAACUCUCUCACUCACUAUACUUUAACUCACUCACUGUGUUUUACUCACUCGUGAGUUAAAACAUAGUGAGUGAGUUGAAACGAACUGUGUGAGUGGUUAGUCGGUACGGAGAGUUAAAUCAUAGGUGAAUUGAACCAACUCAUUAAACCAUCUGAUUCAAUCAUUCUGAUCUGAUCUGAACUGAUUUUUAUCAGCUCAGUCAUUGCUAAGAUUUAACUCAUUCACUCAUUCUGACACAGUUUGCACAUCACUAGUUCCGACACAGAUAAAAAACGCAAUCAUAUACUUUUCCACUCCUCUGCCGCGGAACAUUUUGGACUGGGGUUUACUGUUGCUGUCAAUCCUUUGAUGGAUACGAAUGAAAGUUUGUUUAAUUGUAACGAAGUAAUAACAGAACACCUCACGCUCAUCAUCGAAGGGGGGAGCACCGCUUCACUGUUGUUGGGGUUCGAGUGCUUAAAACAGGGGAAGAGAUCGCUGUGCUUGAAGAGUUGAAGAAACACGCGGUUGUUGUUCUUAUCGCAGGCGUUAACCACUAAAGGGGAACUGUUAACUUAAAAGCUUAGCUAUCCCUGUACAGAUGCAGUGCGUGCGUUUCGGGUGUUUGGGAAUUUGGUUUGGUUUGCACAAUGGCGGCGCACAGUGACAUACAGUGCGAAAAAAAUAAUAAUUUAAACUAUCUGUUCCGGUAGUUUGGCAAAACUGUUCUGUAGAUUGUUUAGGCUAUACAAUAAAUAAAUUAUUGAUACUAUGGUAGUGUGUGUUUGUGGCUUGAUUAGGUUCUUUGUAAUGUUUGAUUAGGUCUUUGCAUUAAAACAAGCAAGCAAAAAAGCUGGUGGAAUGAUCGACAUUGAUGCGCAAAACAAAGGCUCAAAUUGUAAUAAUAUUCUCAUCCCAAACGAAGGGCCCCCUUCUUCCGGUGCGACCGUAUCCGUCGUGUUGUAAGUUGUAAAAUUGAACUAAAAAAAUUCUUUCUAGCGUGGGUGCAGUAUAUGUUUAAUCUUAACUAUAAAACAAUAUCCUAUUGCGGUUGUGGUGGUGGGAUUUAGUGAUGGGAAUAACCACUCAGUAGCGUGAAUUAAAUCAGAAUGAAUGAGUUGUAAUAGUGAGUUACAUCUUAUACUCACUCUUUAAGAGUUUUUUCUUGAAUAAUGAUUUAACUCUCCAUGCCGACUAGCCACUCACUCACCUCGUUUUAACUAAAUCACCUCGUUUUUACUCAUUAGAGAGUUAAAUAUCGUAUUGGUGUAUCGCGAGUUCAUUCCGAUGCUCAUCGCGAGUUCAUUCCGAUGCUCAUCGUGAGUUCAUGAUACUCAUGUUCAUUCCGAUGUAAAAACGAGAUGAGUGAGUAAAAACGAGGUGAGUGAGUGGUUAGUCGGCACGGAGAGUUAAAUCAAAGCUGAGUUGAAAUAACUCUUCGUGAUGAUUCAUCUAAUUCAUGGCUAAGAUUUAUGUCAUUCACUCAUUCUGAUUCAGUUUGCACAUCACUAGUUGGGAUCAUAUCGCUACGAUCACAGUGUUUCAGAGUUCCUUGCGUGUAGGUAGGUGUGUGUGUGUGUGUGUGUGUGUGUGUGCAGUGCUAGCUGAACUUUGGUGGGGGGGGGGGAUACCGGAACGGAUUUUGCCUCCGGAACUUACUAUUUUACAGCCAUAUUGCACACGAUCGUUUUCAGUGGCUGUUUCUAAAAUUAUGGUUCAAUUUGCUAUUGUUUGCGUACGGCAGGGAGGUUAUGUACAACAUCCAAAACUACACACGUAUGUGUGUGAAGGAUGUUUUUUGAUGUUUGGUAUAAAAAAAAAACGUUUUAACUAUAAAUUAUUCCACUGUCACCAGAUGCCAGGAGAGGGAGAACAAGGAUUUUAAAACAAUAAACUGCUGUACUAACGCCUGCGAAGAACUGCGCGAUGUUUUAGGAUACAAUUAAUUAGGCCCUAUUUGCAUUCCUCCUACCAAUGCCAAUGACAUUGUUGCGCUAUUGUUUUUUUCAUCGGUUUCGAUCGUUCAAGUAUUACCAAUGUUUUCUAGCCAGCCAGCCAGCCAGCUAGCUUUUUUGUACGGCUACGAGUAAUAAUGAUUGCAGUCUGGUUUUGUUGUCGCAGUUUUAAAUAAAUUUAAAAAAAUAUAGGUGCAAUUGUCAUUCCACUGUUCUUUAGGAAUUUAGGACAAUAAAUCAUUCAGCUGCCACGACACGAGGAAAUAGUUGUUCUCCCCGAAAAGUUACUGAACGUUCCUUGUGCACUUUGCAACCGUCGAUCGAUCAUUCCUCAGUGCAAGAAUGCAAGUAACACUCAAAUCGGGGCCUAUGAUUUCCGGAUAUGUCGUCACGUGUCGUGUUUCUGACACGUGUUCCAAGCAACAACAAAUAAAAGCAAAAGACCAUACUAAAAGAGGAACCACCCGUUUGCUUUUCUCUUCACUGCAUUCCGCUAACUCUCUUCCCUAUUUCAAAUAUUUAAUUUAUUACAAUAUAUUAAUAAUGAUCUACGGUCACACAUACACAUACACACACUGGGCGUCGUCGGAUACGAUCGUAAUUUCUCUCUCUCUCUCUCUCUCUCUGCUUACGAAUGAGUGAAAAGCAGUUUGCGUGCGCGCAACUGUUAGGUGGUACGUACGGAACAUUACGGCUGUUAAGGGUUGUCUGAGGUACAUAGG